UCCUCUCAGCAGUCUCUCCUCUCACACCACCUCAGUGCUACAGACUUCCUCUUAAACCAUGUCUGCCAGAACUAUGAAGACCACCACCUUCUCCACUGUGUCCUCACCCAGGGCCCGAACACAGGGCUUCAGCAGCCGCUCCUUCUCUGGCUAUGGAGGUCAAGGUGUGGGGAGUGCCAGGCAGAGCUAUGCUGGAUGCAGCUCUUAUGGAGGAUUGGGCAGCAGUGGUGCUGCUGUGGGUGCUGGGGGGUUUAAGAUGGUCAGUGGGUUUGUCGCUGGGGGAUCUGGACAAAGAGUAGGUGGUGUAGAGCUUGGAUAUGCAGGCUUUGGUGGAGGUUUAGCAGGUGGCAUGGCCAAUGAAGCUGUGGCCCCCAUCACAGCAGUGACAGUGAAUAAGAGCCUGUUGGCUCCCUUGAACCUGGAGAUUGACCCCACCAUCCAGGCAAUCCGUACCCAAGAGAAGGAGCAGAUCAAGACCCUGAACAACCGCUUUGCUUCCUUCAUUGAUAAGGUACGCUUCCUUGAACAGCAAAACAAAAUGCUUGAGACCAAAUGGAAACUUGUGCAGGAACAGACCGCGUCUCACUCAAAUAUCGACGCUAUGUUUGAGGCCUACAUUGCCAACCUGCGUAAGCAGCUGGAUAACUUGGGUCAUGAAAAAGUCAAACUGGAAUCUGACCAGCAUCACGUGGCAGGCCUGGUCGAGGACUUCAAAACCAAGUAUGAGGAUGAGAUCAACAAGCGCAAUGAGAGUGAGAACAACUUUGUCCUAUUAAAGAAGGACACAGACGCAGCCUACAUGAUCAAAGUAGACCUUGAGGCCAAACUGGAUGGACUGUCCGAUGAGAUUGAAUUCCUGAGGCAGCUCUUUGAUGCAGAAAUUAAUGAGCUGCAGAGCCAGAUAAAGGAAACAUCUGUUGUGGUGGAGAUGGACAACAGCCGCAAUCUUGACAUGGACGCCAUUAUCGCUGAAGUGCGUGCCCAGUAUGAAGAUAUCGCCAGAAGGAGCAGAGAGGAGGCUGAGUCAUGGUAUCAGACAAAGUAUGCAGAAAUGCAGCAGUCAGCAGGUAGAUAUGGAGACGACCUGAAGUCAACCAGGGCUGAGGUCGCUGACAUUAACCGCAGGAUAAUGAGACUCCAGUCUGAAAUCGACAUGGUCAAAGCUCAGCGAAGCAGUUUGGAAACUCAGAUCGCAGAGGCUGAGGAGCGCGGCGAGCUGGCGGUGAAAGACGCCAAACAGCGCAUCAGAGACUUGGAAGAAGCUCUUCAGAGAGCCAAACAGGAUAUGGCACUGCAAGUCCGCCAGUACCAGGAACUUAUGAAUGUUAAGCUGGCUCUGGACAUUGAGAUUGCUACAUACAGGAAACUGCUCGAAGGAGAGGAGAGCAGGAUGGUGACUGGAAUUCAGACCACUGUGUCCAAGCAGACUUCUGUGAACUACAAUGCCUUCGCUCUGGAGAGUUCCUGUAUCCCAUCCUACGUCAGCUGUUCCUUUGAUAAAGCCAAAGCGAGCAGUGGUUCACCGUCAGCCAUCGAGGAAGCUGCAGUGAAGAGCGCCACUGUCACCAAGACGGAGACAGUGGUGAUGAAGACCGAGGACAAGACAGAGAAAGAGGAGGAGAAGGAGGAGGAGGAACAGGCAGCAACUGAGGAGCCAGAUGCUGUGGAGAAGAAGGAGCAGGAGCAGGUGGAGCCUGAAGCUGUAGCCGAAGAGUGAUUUUCUAUCCUGUUUUGAGAAUUUUACAAUUUUUUGUUGGAGAUCAAGAAAAAUCAUGACCUUUUCUCCCUGUUAUUAAGUCACAAAAAAGAUGUUUGUCAACUCCAAGAACACACAAGUUUUCUUCAGAUAUCUUUGAUAAGGUGGUGCUUAUUGAGCUUAAAUAUCCAGACCACAACCCUAUAACACCAAGCAUAUUGAUAUAUGAGUUUAUGGGACCUCUCAUAAACCAGAUGUAUGCAAUCAGACACAUGCAAUGCACAAAAACACUGUAUGUAGCAAAAGUGAUACAAAUUAAAACUCAUGUAUGCAAAUUGAUAUUUUAAUUUGCCAGAAGGUUCAAUAAACACUGGAGUUAAAAAAAACUAAACAAAAAAAACAUUUCUUCUAAUUACUUCAUGGUUCAGGCUUUUCAGGGUUAAGUAAUGACUGCACCAUGCUUUUUAAGCCACAAGAUGGCAGUAUUUCUUGUGUUUUCACUUAGUGUGCCUUCACCAGCAGGAGGCACUGCAUCGUUUCAACCUGUUAUUCACAGUGUAACAGCUAUUAAAGGGGGUAAUUUCUAUGCUGAGCAGAGUAUGGCAAACUUGUUGUAGUGAAACACUUAAAUGUGAUGCAUAGCAGCCACACAAGUUCUCACAAUGUCCUGUUUG